AUGACGAUAGCAGAAAACUGCGCUGUUGUAGGAAACAGGAAAAGUAUGGCAAAACCUAUGAAUGAAGUAAAAAAUGAACUAAAAUGCAGAAAGUAUGGACUUCGCCCUCGCAGUGAGGAAAAAAGAGAUCUGUUUCUCCAGCUCGCAAAUGAGGUAAAGACCUCGCCAUCCCCUGUCCGUAAGCGACGAAGAAGCUCCCCACGUAAAAGACAUGUGCAAGCAACUGUGAGAGAAAAGAGGCGACUGCAGAUGUCAAAUAAAGCAUUUGAUGCCCUUCGAGAAAGUUUAUACAACUUUGCAAAGACAGGCAGUCGAAGGCUUACGAAGCUUGAAACUUUGCGGCUAGCUAUUGAAUACAUCAAAGAAUUGACGCAGAGUCUCAACGAAGAAGCAAUGUCUGGCCAGGAGUAG